AAGGUUUAUGCAACAAACAGCUUCUGCUCCGUUGUAUCGAAUACGCGGAAAUUUAAUUACUACGUUGGGUCCAGAACGACCGCGGUUAUUCAGCACGGUGCGUCCAAAACAAACCAACACAAACACACCGCCAUUCCGUUCGGCUCUACAUACAGGCGGGCAGCUUGCUCUUGCUUCUCUACAUAUAAAGUGUGAUAACCAGGAACUGAAAGGGCAACUUUUGGAUUCCUGAUGAAGAUAUUAAAAGCCAAUGCUGGGGCACUUACAAAUUUUGAGGUACUUGAAUUCCUGCGGUCUAGGGGGGCUGGAAAAGACGCAACACGUGUUAUAGCUCCUGUAGCACCAUCAGAAUAUAAGGUUUUUGAUUAUUUGGAGCAAAGUGUGGCUCGCUAUCAAACAAAAGAGAGCAUCACUGAUUUCAUUUCAAGGAGUGAGAAAUUUAAACUUGCAAAAGCUGAGAUCAUUAAUGUCAUUAACAUUAGACCUUCUUCUGUUGUUGAACUUGACUCGAUUGUGGAAGAUUGUGAUGGACGAUUUGGAGAAAAUAUUGAUGAAUUAGUGGAUAUGGUGGCAGAAGUGUUUCCAUUACCAAAUCCAAUUGAAAAUAACGACGGUGUCACUCAGGAGGCCGAGAAUGGUGCUCAGCCAAGUUGAGAUAGUUAUCUCUUAAAAAUAUUUGUCUAUAGGGAGAAAAGAAGAGUUAGACUUAGAAGUGCUAGUAAAUUAGUAUCAGCCAUAUUUCAGUGGUCUUGUGGAAUCGUUAAAACUGCGCCUGAACUGUUUUUGUUUAACGACAACAGUUUGGAGAAUAUUAUGUUAUGAUUUAUUCAGGUUACCAUUAUUAAAUCAAGUUAUUGUAAUCUAUAAAUAGAUAAAUGCUGAUUGUUUUAUGGAUGAUUUUUUACA